UCGCACCUUAUCCGCACUUCUCUCUUUCGUUUAUUUCUCUUCAGGCUUGACAAACUGAAGCUGAGAUGCUCUGUAGUUAUCAGAAACAGAGCAUGAAAGAGAGGACCGGCAAUUUCGAAUUUAACACGACCUUUCGCUACAAUUUCUUUACUUGUUGUAAUAAAUCCUUGUCUUAGAUUAAACCCAUUCAGAACCAUAUCUUAGUUUUUGCUAAAAAUGACGUCACCACUCUGUCAAUCACCUUUAGUGAAGCACUACCCCUCUGUUUCACCUUUCUCUUCCACAUUCCUUCAUACCCACAAAGAUUACCGCCAAAUCUCCCACGUGGGGUCCUCAAAAUACCUUCAAAUUUUUUAUGUAGGAGCGAAAGCAUCGAAAUUGGGAGGUAGUGGGAGCAGGCGGAUGCGUGCAAUGGCUUCGUUGGGAGGGCUUUUAGGUGGGAUAUUCAAAGGGAAUGACACUGGGGAAUCCACUAGGCAGCAGUACGCUUCAGUUGUAGGAGUCAUCAAUGGAUUGGAAGCUGAAAUGUCCGCAUUGUCGGAUUCGGAGCUGAGGGACAAGACUUCGUUUUUGAGAGAGCGAGCCCAGCAGGGUGAAUCUUUAGAUUCCAUUUUACCUGAAGCAUUUGCUGUUGUCAGAGAGGCUUCAAAGCGGGUUCUAGGCCUUCGUCCUUUCGACGUCCAACUGAUAGGUGGCAUGGUUCUUCAUAAGGGAGAAAUAGCUGAAAUGAGGACUGGAGAAGGAAAGACCCUUGUUGCUAUUUUACCAGCUUAUCUAAAUGCAUUAACUGGAAAAGGAGUGCAUGUUGUAACUGUCAAUGAUUAUCUUGCUCGACGAGAUUGUGAGUGGGUUGGUCAAGUUCCCCGUUUUCUUGGAUUGAAGGUUGGCCUAAUCCAACAGAAUAUGACAAGUGAACAAAGAAGGGAAAAUUACUUAUGUGACAUCACAUAUGUGACCAAUAGUGAGCUUGGUUUUGAUUAUUUGAGAGACAACCUUGCCACGAGUGUUGAGGAGCUUGUUUUAAGGAGUUUCAAUUACUGUGUAAUUGAUGAGGUUGAUUCCAUCCUUAUUGAUGAAGCUAGAACUCCUCUCAUCAUAUCUGGACCUGCAGAAAAACCUAGUGAUCGGUAUUAUAAAGCUGCAAAGAUAGCUUCAGCCUUUGAAAGGGAUAUACAUUACACUGUUGAUGAGAAGCAGAAGACAGUUCUACUAAUGGAACAGGGUUAUGAGGAUGCUGAAGCAAUUCUGGAUGUAAAGGAUUUAUAUGAUCCUCGAGAACAGUGGGCAUCAUUUGUUCUGAAUGCAAUAAAAGCGAAAGAAUUAUUUCUUAGAGACGUGAACUAUAUUAUCCGUGGCAAGGAAGUUCUAAUUGUGGACGAGUUUACCGGUCGAGUCAUGCAGGGGAGACGGUGGAGUGAUGGGCUUCACCAGGCAGUUGAAGCAAAAGAAGGUUUACCAAUACAAAAUGAGACUGUAACUCUGGCGUCAAUUAGCUAUCAGAACUUCUUUCUCCAGUUCCCUAAACUUUGUGGAAUGACUGGCACUGCAGCAACUGAAAGUACAGAAUUUGAGAGCAUAUACAAGCUUAAAGUUACAAUUGUACCUACUAACAAGCCUAUGAUAAGAAAGGAUGAGUCUGAUGUAGUUUUCAGAGCAACUACGGGAAAAUGGCGGGCUGUUGUGGUAGAGAUUUCUAGAAUGCACAAGACAGGCCGCCCAGUACUUGUUGGCACAACUAGCGUCGAACAGAGUGAUCUAUUGUCAGAACAGUUGCAAGAAGCUGGAAUUCCCCAUGAGGUUCUCAAUGCAAAACCAGAGAAUGUGGAGAGGGAAGCAGAAAUUGUAGCACAGAGUGGUCGUCUUGGGGCUGUGACAAUUGCGACCAAUAUGGCAGGUCGCGGGACAGAUAUAAUCCUUGGUGGUAAUGCAGAAUUUAUGGCAAGGUUGAAGCUACGUGAGAUGCUUAUGCCAAGAGUUGUUAAGCCAAUCGAAGGAGUUUUUGUAUCAGUGAAGAAACCUCCUCCAAAGAAGACAUGGAAGGUGAAUGAAAAUUUAUUCCCAUGCAAAUUAUCGAGUGCAAAUACGAAGUUGGCUGAGGAGGCUGUACAAUUAGCUGCCAAGACUUGGGGUCAGAGAUCUUUAAGUGAUCUUGAAGCUGAGGACCGUUUAUCUUAUUCUUGUGAAAAGGCGCCUGCUCAGGAUGAAGUCAUUGCCAAACUGCGGUAUGCUUUUCUAGAAGUAGUUAAGGAAUAUAAGGUCUAUACUGAGGAAGAAAGGAAGAAGGUUGUAUCAGCUGGUGGACUUCAUGUGGUGGGAACAGAACGCCAUGAAUCUCGCCGAAUUGACAAUCAGCUCCGUGGUCGAACUGGUCGGCAAGGCGAUCCUGGAAGUUCGCGCUUCUUCUUAAGUCUUGAAGAUAACAUCUUUCGGAUUUUUGGUGGAGACCGAAUUCAGGGUUUAAUGAGAGCUUUUAGAGUAGAAGACCUACCUAUUGAGUCCAAGAUGCUGACCAAAGCUCUAGAUGAAGCUCAGCGCAAAGUGGAGAAUUACUUUUUUGAUAUUCGGAAGCAGUUAUUUGAGUAUGAUGAAGUUCUAAACAGUCAAAGAGAUCGUGUAUAUACGGAGAGAAGGCGAGCCCUCAAAUCUAACGAUCUUCAAUCUCUUGUUAUUGAAUUUGCUGAAUUGACAAUGAAUGAUAUAUUAGAGGCAAAUAUUGGCAUGGAUGCCCCAAAGGAAAGCUGGGAUCUGGAAAAGCUCAUUGCAAAACUUCAACAGUAUUGCUAUCUUUUGGAUGAUCUGACCCCAGAUUUGCUGAGGAGCAAGUGUUCUAGCUAUGAGGAAUUGCAGGAUUACCUUCGUCUGCGAGGCCGGGAAGCAUAUUUUCAGAAGAGGGAUAUUGUGGAGAAACAAGCACCAGGCUUAAUGAAAGAAGCUGAGAGGUUCUUAAUUUUGAGUAACAUUGAUCGUUUGUGGAAAGAACACCUGCAAGCAAUUAAGUUUGUUCAGCAAGCUGUGGGUUUACGUGGGUAUGCACAGCGAGAUCCACUUAUUGAGUAUAAACUAGAAGGCUAUAAUCUCUUCUUGGAGAUGAUGGCACAAAUAAGAAGAAAUGUUAUAUACUCCAUAUAUCAGUUUCAACCAGUGCUAGUAAAGAAGGAUCAGCAACAAACACAGAAUGAAAUAGGCAAACUUGGUAGGAGUGAUAAUAAUCCUGAUCCAGUUGUUGCGGGCAAGUCUUCCUCAUCAGUUUCCGGGCCCCAAGCUAGCGCUUAAGGCCGGAACAGGAUUUCCAGCAAUUUAGACAGUAAUUAUGAAGGCCUACAUCCCUAGCUCUCCCAAGGAACAAGUGUAAAAAGCUUUAUUUCAUUCUCUUGAGUACUACGUAGGUGCUUGUAAUUAAUUGUUCCUAGCAAUUUUUUUGAAUCAAUGAGUCAAAUGUAUAUCUAUAAACAAUAGAGAUGUUGUAUAACACACUGAAUAUUGUAAAUCUAUAUGGUCUUAAUAUAGCACUAAGGAUUUUUCAUGUA